UGUGUGUUCCAGUGCUCUGAGAUUGACAGUAUUAACUCCUCUGUUUCUGGCUCGGAGUCUCUGCCGUGGCUGGAGGUGUGUAGCGGGCUGAUCAGGAACCACAGCUUUCUGAGCUAGCCGUGUAGCUAGGUUAGCCUAGCUGGCUAAUCUUAGACGGCUUGUUUUGGUUGAUGUGAUGGAUCAGUACAAUAUUCUGGGCAGGAUCGGCGAAGGAGCUCAUGGAAUUGUUUUUAAAGCCAAACACAUCGAGACUGGAGAGACGGUGGCUCUGAAGAAAGUGGCCCUUCGAAAACUGGAAGAUGGGAUUCCCAACCAAGCUUUAAGAGAAAUCAAAGCACUUCAGGAAAUUGAAGACAAUCCGUAUGUAGUAAAGCUGAAGGACGUGUUCCCGCAUGGCACAGGCUUCGUCCUGGUUUUUGAGUACAUGCUUUCAGAUCUGUCAGAGGUGAUACGUAACUCUCAGAGACCCCUGACUGAGUCUCAGGUCAAGGGUUAUAUGAUGAUGUUGCUUAAAGGAGUCGCCUUCUGUCAUGAGAACUCCAUCAUGCACAGGGACCUUAAGCCUGCAAACCUUCUAAUAAGCUCGACCGGUCAUUUGAAAAUAGCAGAUUUUGGUCUGGCCAGGCUUUUUUCCAACGACGGAGAGAGGCUUUACAGUCAUCAGGUGGCUACAAGAUGGUACCGAGCCCCAGAGCUACUGUAUGGUGCGAGGAAAUAUGAUGAAGGAGUGGAUCUCUGGGCGGUGGGUUGUAUCUUUGGGGAGCUGUUAAAUAACUCUCCUCUCUUUCCUGGAGAGAAUGACAUCGAGCAGCUGUGCUGUGUGCUCCGAGUCCUGGGUACUCCGAACCAGAAAAUGUGGCCGGAGAUCACAGAGCUGCCAGAUUACAAUAAGAUCACAUUUAAGGACAACCCGCCCAUCCCUCUGGAGGAGAUCGUCCCCGACACGUCACCUCAGGCCGUCGACCUGCUGAAGAAAUUUCUCGUUUAUCCUUCCAAGCAGAGGAUCAGUGCCAGACAGGCGCUUCUGCACCCGUACUUCUUUACAGAGCCGCUCCCAGCCCAUCACUCGGAGCUCCCCAUCCCACAGCGCGGAGGGAAAGCGUCCCGCCAGCGCCUGCAGGCCCCCUGCGAGUUCUCUGUGGAUCGACCUCUGCUCGAGAGCCUGGUGGAUCCCAGCCUGAUCCAACAACACGCACGGAGGUUCCACUAAACCGCCGGCGCAAAGCUGCUUAACGUCCCCGACUUUAAAUCAUCAGUGUGUUUAAUUCACACGUGAUUAAUCAUGACAUUUCAUUUUCAUCAAUUGAUUUAUCCUGAUCAGGGUCGUGGUGGGUGCGGUUUCACUGGGAACCGCUGGGUGCAGGGCUUUUUCUUUAGAAUCUAUGUAAAUAUAUAGAUAAUUAUGUCAUCUAUAUAUUCCCAGUGGCUCAGUGUAAAGUGUUUCUUUCAGUUCUGUGCUCUUGAUGCUUCUUGAUGAUAUUUAUUUGACCGUGUGUGUUUGUCCCGAAACCUUCUAUAAAUUCUGUUGUACCCAGCAGGGUGCUGUGGAAUCACAUCCAUUCCUCUGGUAACUGCAGGAGACACUUUAGGAAGCGCUUUUGCAAUCAUGGCACCAACUACUUUACUUUUUAAGUAAAAAUUUUAUCACCAAUUUAAUAAUAAUAAUAAUAUUUAUAUAUUUUUUUACUCCCAUGUUUUCAGUAUCAUUCUGGUCCACAAACCUAAUUUGGCUCAGUUUUUAUGUCUUCUCAUUGCAUCCGGGCUUGGGGCCGGCACAGCAAGUGCACUGACUAGUGCACCUUCCACUGACUAGGCUGUUCCACUUAUCUACCCUUUCAGACAAAGCCAAUCCUGUCUGUGUAGACACCUGACUGAGGUUUGAACCCCAGAGCCUGCAUGUUUUCCCGCUUUGCCACCCAAGUGUCCAUAAUAACAACAGCAAACUAACUUCAAACUAACAAUUACUGUUUUUGUUGUAAGAAAGAUAAAACUAUUGAAGGCAAAGUGAUGCACGACAUUUCAUUAAUAUGUUCAAUAAACUUUUUAAAAACACUAAA